AUGACCGAUCAACCCCCCGUUGGCCGCGACUUCCUCGACGCGAAGAACGUCGAACCCAUUGACCAGAACGAUUCCGAUCUCGACGAAUCCGCCAGCCAGCCUCGCUUUUCGGGCCCGGGGGCGAAUACCACUGCACCGUCUACGUCGAAACCUCAUUCGAACAAGUUGUUGAACAAGCUCGAUCCCCGAUACGAUAGCGAUAUCUUGGAAGCGACGUCGCAGGAUCAGCAGCGAGAGCAGCGGAGGGGGAGUGACUGA